AUGGACAAUCAGAAGCUCCAGAGCAUUGCGCCAGCUCCCCCGAAAGAUCCAAUCCCCCCUUCCAGCCUGACGAGCUUGCCUCCACGGAAGAAUCUGACAAAGAAUGCCUGUAUAAGUUGCCGAUUCAAAAAGGCCAAGUGCGAUGGGGGCCGACCUUCUUGUAGUCGCUGCCGAUUGUCUGGAAACGUUUGCCAGUAUGAGGAAAAUGGACGGCUUGCAGCGAGGUUACAGCGAAUCAGCGAGCAGCUAAAUCGACAGCAAGACAGGCUCCAGGACUUGGAGGCUAUUUUCGAAGCCCUGCAGAACGGUACCGACGAGCAAGCCGCUGGAAUUCUAGCUUAUGUUAGAGUAGGGGAGCCCUUCGAAACCAUCGUCUCGCACAUUUCAUCCGGAACCCCGGAAACCAGCGCGCAAAGGCUAGUCGUCUUUGCCAGCUCGCUCUUGAGGUUAGCCCCGCAAUACACCAACGUUUUUCUCGACCCCCUAUUUGACCGAACCGAAUGGCUCAACGCCCAUGAGACCAACAACAACCAACUUUCCACAGGAAGCCUGACGCCUUCUCCGCACACAUCAACGACGUCUCUGGGAAAUCUACUUUUCUCCAGCAGCAUCACGGCGAACCAUUGUCCCACCCCUACACAACAAGACCAGUUUAACAGCUUGUUCGCGCAGAGGUGGAAUAUGAUGACUGCCAACGAUUGCCGAGGUGCUGCAAGCGUUACGACUUCAUUUUCAGAGACUUUACAACAAGGCCGUGCUAUGAUCAGCGCAGGAGCGAUUCCCGAGGAGAUUACGGGCACAUUCCCCACCGUGGCGGCUUUGUUCGAUCAAGACGAGUUCGAGAGGUGUUCCAUGAUAUCGAAGUGGGCAGCUCGGUUUGUCUACAGUUCCCGACACGAAGAUAACUCGUUUACCUCCAUGGCUGCCAUGUGGGCAGCGUGGCACGUUAUGAGAUGGAUGGUCAACCCUCAACCACAGACAUAUGCUGCGAUACCUGAUUGGUUGCGCCCCACAGAGCUUCAACUAGUCAUCCCUCAUGUUGAGGUCGUCGAAUGUGUCGCCUGGCCGUACUUGCGCGACUUCGUUAUACAGAACCCGGCAAUGCAAGAUAAUCUACAAUGGCUCGCAGAAUCAUCUAGUUCUAUGAGGUGCGCCUGGGCUGGGACCCGCGAAGAAGCGCUUGUGGUCAACGAAAUCACAGGGCACAGGCAAUUCACUGAAGCAGCUGAAGCUAGUGUGCGCAAACUCUCGAACUGGUCACUUGCUCCUUCUAUUCGUGCAUACAUACCGAAUAUCGAUCGGCAUGUAACCAUACGUACAAUCGGAUCCCCCGAUCAAGAAAGUGAUUUUUGUUAG